AUGGCCACGAAAAAGAUUGGUGAGGCUGGUGCAAACAUCCGUCUUGACGAUGAAGAUCCGAAAUCACCUCACGUAACUCCUUUGCUAUCUCGCCGUUCUUCUUCCUCUUCGAAUACAUCUUAUAACAUGGCCCACGUUCCGAUUAGUGUGAUUCAGGAAGCUGGUUCAGAUCUAUUCGAAGAACGAAGUCAUGUAGAAUAUUUGAAACCCUUUGAGGAAGAAAUUCUUAAAAUGAUCUUUCCAUUGGCACUAACACCUGCAGUAUCACCGAUAUCUCCCCCUUAUAGCGAUGAGGACUCAUCAAUUAUAAAGGAUAACCUAGAGUUGGGUGAGAAGAAGCACAAUCCAUUCAUUACUACACCUCCGGAGAUUAUCAUGGGAAUCUUCAAGUAUCUUAAUCCGAUUGAUGCAGUCUGUUUCAGUCUCAUGAAUAAAUAUAUUCGCAACGUCUAUCUCUCACAUGGUCGUCAUCAAAUUAUUGAUUUCAACCCACCUCUUGCGAUGGGCCGACCGGAGAGUACAUUUCCCGUCAUACCUGGACCCCAACGUUCAUGCCGUCACUGUUGUCCUGUCGCUUUUUUCCCAGCACAUUGCGAGUUACAUUUUCAUCUUACGAGUUUCAUGCCAUCACAUCUUACCUUUUGCGCUGGACAAUGUCAAAUGUUCACAGAGCCCGAGGAAUCCGAUCCAAAUUAUUGUGGAAGCUGUGGGAGAAAUUACAGGAAACAGUUUGAGAGAGGCAGGAGAAUGAUCGAUGUGAAGAGAGAAGAUGGCCAUACUUUUAAAUGGUAUGAGCAGCCAAGAUUCGAUAGGGAGAGUCGAGCGAGACAGGAACGUCGAGCAGCAAGAAGAUUGCAAUAA